AUGGGCGUCGUCUCUCUAACUGUCGGCAAGGUCGACGCCGGCGUCACCGUCCUGCUCACGCCCGAUAAGCGUUUGAUCGAAUUCCCCUCGAUCCUCCUCCCCCCCGACAUCCGUUCGGGCUCCAUAGUCGACAUCAACGUCUCGCGCAACAAGUCUUCCGAAGCAGCCGCGGAACGCGCAUUCCGUGACCUACAAGACCAGAUCCUCUCCUCCUUCGGUACCCACUCCCCCUCCCCGCCCACUCUCCGCGUCCGCAACACGACCCAAACCUCCGUCGUCCUCGAAUGGGACCCCCUCCAGCUCGCCACCGCCGAUUUGAUCAGCUUGUCGCUGUACCGUAAUGGCCAGAAAGCAGGCACCAUUCCCAAGCCCCUCACCAUGCACACGACGAAGAUAAGUGGCCUCGCCGUCGAUACGGAGUACACCUUCCACCUGGUGCUGCGCACGACGGCAGGCACCUACGCCAGCCCGCGUAUCACAGUCCGCACGCACAAGAUGACCGACCUGUCAGGGAUCACCAUCACGACGGGCAUUUUGCCCUCCCACGUGCGGGAGAACCUUCUUGCAGUGGUCGAGCGCAUCGGCGCGAAGGUCGUCGACGGCGUGCGCAUCGAUACGACACAUUUCGUUACCACCGAGGGGAGGGGCGUGCAAUGGGAAAAGGCAAACGAGCUGAACAUUCCGGUUGUCAGACCAGAAUGGGUCGAGGCGUGUGAGAGGGCGGGGAGGAUUCUGGGCGUGACUAAGUUUUAUCUGGAUGCGGCGAGGGUUGGGGCGCUGUUUGAUGAGCGGCCGGGGACCGCGGGGACCGUAGGGAGUGGAUCGGCGCCGCCGCCGCCGCCGCCGCCCAAGGAGCAGAAGGUGCAGUCGCCGGUACAGACGAGGACAGAGGUUACGGUUGAGAAGCCGAAGGAGGAGAGCCCGGAGCCUGCAAGUGGGAGUGAAAAGGAGCAACAGCAGCAGAAAGAGGAGGGAGAAAAGAAGGCAGACGAGCAGUCGAGCCAGUCAGCUGAAGAGAAGCCUCUGCCGUCUAGGCCAAAAGUGACGGUUGAGGAUGAGAAGGAGGAGGAGGAGAAGGAGGAGGAGAAGGAGAAGGAGAAGGCUAAAGCUCCUGCUGCUGAGGAGAAAGAGGGCAGUAGUGGUGAUGAGAAGGAUGGGAAGAGCCCUGGGGAUUCGAGCUUCCAGGAUGUUGCCCUUUAG